AUGACCGAUACUACCCAGAUCUACGGCCUCACGGCUCUACCUGCGGACCAGACGCUACAGACACCCAAAACGGCGAGCCCUGCCCCGGUGGAAAUCUCAUCCUUACAGCCACCGGAGACGCCUCUUGCAACGCGCGUCACGGCGUACGCAAAGUCGAAGCUCCAUCCGGACACAUAUCGUCACAGCCUGCGCGUGUACAGCUACGGCUGUGCCAUCGCACGGCAAUGCUUCCCGGACUUCGAGCUAACCCCGGGCUCGACGUUGGAAGAGACUUGGUUCUUGACCGCGAUACUGCAUGACAUUGGAACGAGCGCCGAGUUUCUGACCACUACCCGCCUCAGCUUUGAGUUUUGGGGAGCCUUCCAUGCCCUGCAGCUCUUGCAGGAUCCCACGAUUACAGACGAUCCUCAAGACCAUCACCAUCAUCACGAUGACAGUGGAGAGGGUAGAGGAGCGGCGGCGGCGCCGCGAGAACAAGCGGAGAGCGUGGCAGAAGCCAUUAUUCGACACCAGGAUAUCCAGGACCAGGGAAACAUCACGUUGAUCACGCGCCUGAUUCAUUUGGGCACCUUGCUCGAUAAUAUAGGGGCCGGCGCCGAGCUGGUCCAUCCUCGGACCAUUGAGAAUGUCGUACGCCAGUAUCCUCGCCCAGGCUGGAGCGGAUGUUUCAAGAACACCGUGAUGCAGGAGAAGAGCGUGAAACCCUAUGCAAUGGUCAGUCGUAUUGAAGGGUUUGAAGAGCUGAUCGAGAAGAACGGGGAGCCCAGUGGACUCAUGGGCAAGUUCGACUAA